AUGGCGAGCACCGAAUCUCUCAAGGGACAGACACUUUUUGACCUCACCGGCAAGGUAGCUCUUGUCACCGGAGGUGGCUCCGGGAUUGGGCUCAUGGCCGCCCAAGCCCUCGCUGCCAAUGGCGCCAAAGUCUACAUCUGCGGCCGCACCAAGGAGAAGCUCGAUACCGCCGCGUCGACCCAUGGCAAGAAUGCUCCUGGGGAAAUCAUCCCCAUCCAGGCAGAUAUCAAUUCCAAGGAGGGCAUCAAGUCGCUCGUCGACGAGAUCAAGUCGCGCGAAAAGUGCAUCUGCAUCCUGGUCAACAACGCCGGCAUCAGUGGCGAGACGUUCACCACCGCCGAGGCGGACUCGGCCGAGGAUCUCAAGAAGUCGCUCUUUGAAAGCGAGAAGGCGACUUUUGACGACUGGCUCAACGUGUACCGAACCAACGUCGCGGCCGUCUACUUUACCACUACCGCGUUGCUGCCACUGCUCCAAACCUCGACCGAGACUCAUUCCGGAUGGUCAUCCACCGUCAUCAACAUCAGCUCCAUCUCUGGCCUGGUCAAGACGAGCCAGCACCAUUUCAGCUACAACGUCUCCAAGGGAGCAACAGAGCACCUCACUCGCAUGAUGGCGGCAGAUUUCGCCGCUGCCGGACUCAAGAUCCGCGUCAACAGCAUUGCACCGGGGAUUUUCCCUAGUGAGAUGACUACAGAGGGGAGCGACGAAGGCCAGAAGAGCCAAUUGGACAAGAGCAAGUAUGAGGGUAAGAUUCCUGCUAAUCGCCCGGGAAAGGAUGAAGACAUGGCACAGGCAGUGAUGUUCCUCGCCUCAAAUCAGUUUGUUAAUGGACAGAGGGUUGUGGUUGACGGAGGACACACGCUCGCUGCCGGAUUGUAA